AAAAGUAAAAGCAUAUGCCAAAUUUGGUUGGUGCUUCUGAGCUGCUGAAUCGAUCCACCACGCUUCUUUCUUCCAAGUCCAACAAGCCUCCCCAGUACUCUGGAGAUGAUGGAAGACGAAUUCAUCAAAGGACAUGUCCACCCUAAUGGCCUUGCUGUUCUCACUCUCCAUCGUCCUAAAGCUCUCAAUGCCAUGAACCUUGAUAUGGACAUGAAGUACAAGAGUUUCCUGGAUGAGUGGGAAACAGACUCAAAGGUCAAGUGUGUUUUAGUUGAGAGUAGCUCCCAUCGUGCCUUUUCAGCAGGAAUGGAUAUUAAGGGGGUUGUUGCUGAAAUUCAAAAGGACAAAAGUACACCUCUUGUGCAAAAGGUAUGCACAGCAGAAUAUUCUCUGAUUUGCAAAAUAUUUGAGUACAAAAAGCCUUACAUCAGCUUCAUGGAUGGCAUAACAAUGGGCUUUGGCAUUGGCUUAUCAGGUCAUGGUAGCUACAGGCUUAUCACAGAGAGGACUGUUCUAGCUAUGCCAGAAAAUGGAAUCGGGUUGUUUCCAGAUGUUGGUUUUUCUUAUAUAGCUGCACAUAGUCCUGGCGAAGGGGCAGUUGGUGCUUAUCUUGGACUGACUGGAAGUAGGAUAUCAUCACCUGCUGAUGCACUGUAUGUUGGUUUGGGAAGUCACUAUGUCCCUUCUGCGAAUUUGGGUACACUGAAAGAAGCUCUUUUGGCGGCUACCUUCUCUCAGGAUCCGGAUGAAGAGAUCAAAGCGCUUCUAGCAAAAUACAGUACUAACCCUGAUUCAGAAUCCCGGUUGAAGUGUCUUUUACCCAGAAUCAUUUCAACAUUUGGUGGUAACAAGCCACUUAAAAAUGUAAUAGAGGAGCUCGAAAAUCAUCAGCAAAGUGCUGAUACUUUGGUGGCAGAAUGGGCCCAGGAUGCUCUGCAAGGGUUAAGAAAGGGGGCUCCCUUUUCUCUCUGCCUCACCCAGCGGUACUUUUCUAGGGUUGCAUCUGUAUGUGGCAAAAAUGAGAAUAACUUGUCGAAGCUCCCCGGUGUUAUGAAAACUGAAUAUCGCAUUGCUAUAAGGUCUGCUCUACGUAAUGAUUUUGCAGAAGGUGUUCGUGCUGUCUUAGUGGACAAGGAUCAGAACCCAAGAUGGAAUCCAUCCAGCUUGGAGGAAGUGAACCUCAAUGAAGUGGAAGCUCUCUUUGAACCUCUCAGCCCUGAAGUUGAGUUGAAUGUUUGAGGUUGGCCAGGAUAUCUUACGGAGUCGAUCUUUCUUCCUUAUCUUUGGACAAAUAAGAACAUAUGAUUUUACAUGUUUUAACUUAGCAUACAGAGUGUGUGAGGUUAUUAUAGGCCAUGUUCAGAUUCAGCUAUUAUUUGCCAUUUUCGAUCUAUUGGAAUUUUAAUUGCUGGUAA